CGUCACGACGUCGGCCGUAACGCCAUUCCUCCAACGUCGUCUCCCGUUUUUUCUCCGUAGUAACCGUCUCUGUGUGUGGACGGCGGGGGAGAAACCCCUCACGACCACCUUCGGGAACCGAAGAGACGGUGCUGCAGGACACCUGUUUGUAGAUGGCAUCGUCUAAAGCCCAGUUGACUAGGAGAAGGGGCAGUGGCUUCCAACCUGGCACCUGCACUUCCAUCUCCUUUGUUCUGGCGCACUAGUGAUUCUGUUGUGACCUUAAUUCAUCAAGGUGGAUGACUCAGUACUGGUGAACAGCUGAGGACAAUGACUGUUUGCUGUUCAUCUUGGGAGAACUUUGUAAUCACAAUCUCAACACACAAAUUAUUGUCAUAGUCAACACUAUCAAACCCUCCACUGAAAAUAUGGCUGACGCCAUGAACUGGAACAAAGGUGGCCCCGGCACCAAAAGGGGUUUUGGUUUCGGUGGCUUCGCAAUAUCGUCUGGAAAGAAGGAAGAGCCCAAACUCCCUCAACAGUCCCAUAGUGCUUUUGGAGCCACUGGUUCUGCAGCUGGAUUUGGGAAGAACACACCACCUCAGCUACCUUCUUUUUACAAAAUUGGAUCCAAGCGAGCAAACUUUGAUGAGGAGAAUGCGUACUUUGAGGACGAAGAAGAAGAUUCCAAUAAUGUUGAUUUGCCAUACAUUCCUGCAGAGAACUCUCCCACUCGGCAGCAAUUCCAUUCCAAAACACCUGACUCAGACAGUGAGGAUGACCCUUUGGAAGCGUUCAUGGCUGAAGUCGAGGAUCAGGCUGCUAGAGACAUGAAGAGGCUAGAAGACAAAGACAAAGAAAGGAAAAAUACAAAGGGUAUACGCGAUGAUAUUGAAGAGGAAGAUGACCAAGAGGCUUACUUCCGUUAUAUGGCAGAAAACCCCAAUGCUGGUGUGGUUCCAGAAGAGGAGGAGGAUAACCUGGAGUAUGACAGCGAUGGAAAUCCAAUUGCUCCAUCCAAAAAAAUAAUUGACCCCCUUCCUCCAAUUGAUCAUUCAGAGAUUGAAUACCCACCGUUUGAGAAGAACUUCUAUGAGGAGCAUGAAGAAAUCACCAGCCUUACUCCACAGCAAGUGGUGGAGCUUCGCCAUAAGCUAAACCUCCGGGUCUCUGGAGCAGCUCCGCCAAGACCAGGAAGCAGUUUUGCCCAUUUUGGUUUCGAUGAACAACUCAUGCACCAGAUCAGGAAAUCGGAGUACACGCAGCCUACUCCUAUUCAGUGCCAAGGUGUUCCAGUAGCACUGAGUGGCAGAGACAUGAUAGGCAUAGCGAAGACCGGCAGCGGGAAGACGGCAGCUUUCAUUUGGCCCAUGUUGGUUCAUAUCAUGGAUCAGAAGGAGCUGGAACCAGGAGAUGGCCCCAUCGCAGUGAUUGUCUGUCCGACGAGAGAACUGUGCCAGCAGAUCCAUGCCGAAUGCAAGCGCUUUGGGAAAGCCUACAACCUGCGCUCUGUAGCAGUCUAUGGCGGAGGAAGCAUGUGGGAGCAAGCGAAGGCGUUGCAAGAAGGAGCAGAGAUAGUGGUCUGCACCCCAGGACGGCUGAUUGAUCACGUGAAGAAGAAAGCUACCAACCUCCAGAGGGUCACUUACCUUGUGUUUGAUGAAGCCGACAGAAUGUUUGACAUGGGUUUCGAAUACCAAGUCCGCUCAGUCGCCAGCCACGUGCGUCCCGAAAGGCAGACUUUGUUGUUCAGUGCAACUUUUCGGAAGAAGAUUGAGAGACUCGCCCGAGACAUUCUGAUUGAUCCGAUUCGUGUGGUACAAGGAGACAUUGGAGAGGCAAAUGAAGAUAUCACUCAAAUUGUGGAGAUCCUCUCCUCAGGCCCCAACAAGUGGAACUGGCUGACCAGCCGCCUUGUAGAAUUCACCUCUUCGGGGAGCGUCCUGCUGUUUGUGACCAAGAAGGCAAAUGCUGAGGAACUGGCUAAUAACCUCAGGCAAGAAGGGCACAGCUUGGGGCUGCUGCACGGUGAUAUGGACCAGAGCGAAAGGAACAAGGUCAUCUCAGAUUUCAAGAAGAGUGCCUUCCCAGUUCUGGUUGCGACGGAUGUGGCAGCUCGCGGUCUUGAUAUUCCCUCCAUUAAGACUGUGAUCAACUACGACGUGGCCCGUGAUAUUGACACCCACACCCACCGAAUUGGUCGCACGGGAAGAGCAGGGGAGAAGGGCGUGGCUUAUACUUUGCUGACUCCCAAGGACAGCAACUUUGCCGGAGACCUCGUUCGGAACUUGGAAGGCGCCAACCAAAACGUUUCCAAAGAACUCUUGGACUUAGCCAUGCAGAAUGCUUGGUUCCGAAAAUCCCGUUUCAAAGGAGGGAAGGGCAAGAAGCUCAACAUUGGCGGCGGCGGCCUGGGGUACCGUGAACGCCCUGGCCUGGGUUCUGAUGGUUCUGACCGCGGGAGUAACAGCGUGAUGAGUAAUUACGAGGCAUAUAAACCUUCAACAGGAGCAAUGGGAGACAGGCUUUCUGCAAUGAAGGCAGCAUUUCAGUCCCAAUAUAAGAGUCACUUUGUUGCUGCCAGCUUCAGUAACCAGAAGUCCGGCACCUCUUCUGCAGGUGCCAGCGGCUGGACCAGCGCCGGCAGCUUGAACUCCGUGCCAACAAAUUCCGCCCAGAAUUUCCUGGCAAAAUCCGACAACCCCAUGAGCGCACCAAAAGGGCUCCCAGGCUUCGUGAGCUCCGGAACCCUGAACAGCAUCCCUCCGUUCCCAGGCCCUGGCAUUCAAGGGUUCAACAGUGCGAAUCCCAGCAACAGCGCCCGGGAAGGUAGCACUGGAAGCCGCGAACGAUACAGUGACAACCGGGGCAGUGGUCGCCACAGUGACGGCCAGCGCCACGGCGAUGGCAGCGGUCGCCACGGCGACGGCCAGCGCCAUGGAGAUGGCUAUCGCCAUGGAGAGAACCGCCACGGGGACAGCUAUCGUCAUAGCGAAAGCCGACAUUCUGGUGGUGGAAGCAGCAGCCGCCAUGGGGACAGCCGGAAUAAUGGGGACAGCCGGAACAGCAGCGAAAACAGGAACAGCGAGAACAGGAACAACGAGAGCAGGAAGGAUGGCAACAGUGAGAGCAGGAAGGACGGCAACAGCGAGAGCAGGAAGGACGGCAACAACGAGAACAGGAAGGACGACAACAAUGAGAACAGGAAAGACGGCAGCAGCAGGGACAACAGCAAGAUAGAUGGUUUUGCUGUUCCUGAACCCCCAAAGCGCAAGAAGAGUCGAUGGGAUAGCUAAGGCCACGUAGCAACAGCGCCUCCAGGAGGAGGCUCGGUCACCCACAAGCAGUCACUGAGAAGGAUAAUAGUGGACAAGAACGUUCCCUAGCCAAGCCUUGGCUGGUGCAUCCGUAGACAGCUUCACUUUAAUGGCACGUAGGUGUUGUGCUUUGGUCAAAAAGGAAAAGCGUCCCCUCUCACGGGACUUCUCCAUUCUCUGCCUUUCAACGUCCGUCCAGCUGAGGGGCUCGGCUAGCGAGAACGAUAAGUUUUGGUUGGGAUGUUUUUGUUUUGCGUUUGUGCUUGGUGUCCAGAAAGAGGCUCAGGCUGGGUAGAAUCCCCCUCUCCCCCCCCCCCAAAAUCAGUGUGGACUUCAACUAACCCAGCCUGCCUAGUCUUUACAACCAUCACCAUUGUGCUCCUAACCAGGGGUGUCCAACUCUGGCCCUCCAGAUGUUCGUUCCAGAUGUCCACGGAGCACGGCUCCCUUCAGCCCCUACCUGGCAGGGGCCAGUGUGAAUCGUAGCCCAUGAACAUCUGGAGGGCCAGAGUUGGAGACCCUGCCAAAUCGUUUUCAGCUGGUCAUACUAGCCGGCAGUGUCCAGAUCCGCUUGCCCUGUUCAUAUUAACGUAGCCUGUGUGCAGCUGCACUGCAUGCACAGCAUCACAAGAGAAUGGGUUGACUAGGAAUGGGCUGUAACCCUUUCAACAACAAAAAACUUAAGUAGAAUUGUAAUUUCGUCUGCUGUGUACUGGACCGUCUUUGUUUUAGAAUGCUCCAUUGGGGUCCUAGUGCCAGCCUAGGACGGUACCAGGACCUAAGCAGAGCGUUGUUAAACACAGACGGUGUAGCACAUGGCGGACCAAGUUGCAAUUCUACUUAGUUCUUUCUGUUGAAAAGGGUAAAUCCCACACAGCAAACGUGUAGGUGAAACGAUGAUCCCUGGGUGGGCAGUUGAUAAUCAAGCGGUCCCUUCUACACAGAACCUACGGUCCUGUGUCAGAAACAACAUGACUUUUUGUGGCUCAAGUCACACCUUCAGAGAAUCUUUUGACCCUUUCCAUUUGAUGUGUCAUCCCCCCACUUACUGGCUCCCGUCUUUUAUUAAGAUUUGUGAGCAGGGGCUGUGGCUUGAAUCCCACACGUGUCUGUAGUCCACACCUAAGACAGAGAAGCAUCGCAGCAUAUCAAAUCACCCCCUCUGUCCCCUGCUGCUCGGUAUGCUUGACAUUUUAUUCCAAGGAGCGGAGGAGAGAGAUGCAGGGAACAUUUUAAGCAGCAUACCCUGCAGCGCUCAUUUCUUCCUCCGUACUCACUCCAGCUGAGAUAAGGAACUUGGAAGCAGCUAUCGUCGAGUUGGUAACAUGGCAUAUACCAGUAGCAGGCGGGAUAUAAAACUAAUAAAAUAAAUAAUAAAACAAAUAAAUUUGCCCUCCCCUUCUGUCAUAGUCCCUUGCCUGCUGUUUUUCAUAGGAGAUAUUUUUAGGGGCAGAAUGGCAACAUUCCCGCGUAUCCAAUCUGAAUUGUCAUACAAUAUAUCCUCUCCCAUCAUCCUAUAUUUCUAUGUGGCUAUAGAACAUCUUGAAUUCCGUGCAGCAAAAGCUGCUCACCAUACAGGGGUCUGCAACCUGUGUCUCUCCAGAUGUUAAUGGACUACAAUUCCCGUCAGCCAUCACAGGAUUUGUAGUCCAUGAACAUCUGGAGAGCCGCAGGUUGCAGACCCUGCUAGCGGAAUCUGGUCGCUUCUGCCUCCCGGGGAUGGUCUAGUUUCAAGGCUUAACGCUGCCCUGAAUAAACAUUUUGGGAACAGAAGCUCUGUUAAAACUGGGAAACUGAUGAAGAUAAGGCAGGCGAGGCAAGUCGGGGAAAGGCUCUCCAGUAGACGAGUGAUACAAAAAUGGAUUUUUACACAGCAGGCUUUCCAUUUGUGUAGAUUGGUUUGUAAAUGAUCUAGAUUUUUAAAAUGGUCUCCCCACCCCAACCCCGGUUAACACAAACUUGGGGAGAGAGUCCUUUCGUAUACCGUAUCAAGUUGUAACGAUUUGGCAGGCAGAUCCCGGGAGUUUUUCAAGCUUUGUAAGUUUGGGAAGAUUUCAGAAGAAUAGUGUACCUGGAGAAGCUAAAAAUGGGACCUGUUUGAAACAGAACGUGGUGCUUGUUCUGAAACGGCUCUCACAAGCACCUGGGAAGAAGCAGCAAAUGUGAAAAUAUCUCACCUUUUUUUUUUAAACUGUGUUCCUGGGCUCUCUAAUUCCGUUCCUUUCCUUUCUUUUUUUUGUUUUUGCCAGCGUGGUAGGAUAAUCUUGUUUGCUGAAAAUAGUUCUGUUGUAGCCUCUCAUUUAUACGAACUUUUCUGAAGCCGUGUCAGGAUCUUGUGACAUGCUGUUCCCUUUAGUUUCUGCUUGCUCUUCUAGUAAAUGUUUUUAUUACUAGGA